AUGUCGUUGUCUGCCAAGGAGGCGUUUGCCAAACUUCCUCAGAAGUUGCACAACUUCUUCAUCAAGUACCCACCAAGACCUUUCGCAGCAUACUCGGAAAAACCAUCCACAAUCAUCGACCCUAACUUGAACCCUUUUCUUCCAAACAAGAACCCAGAGACUGGAAAAUGGCAUGGGGCCAAGUACUCGUUGAGAAGAUCUGCCGACUUGUUCAAGAUUGCUCGCAAGUUCGGAAUCGAGACACUUUUACCACCUAUUCCUCACAGAAAGUUCUACGAAGACAAGUAUGAGAACAAGAACUGGAUGAGAGGUGUUUUGAACCAGAAGAAGCAGAAAUGGGAAAGAGAGUUCCCGGAGAAGUUGGCCAGCAGAAAGGAGGCCAUUGCCAAGAUGGACGAAACCAUCAUUGCUGCCAGACCCACAUACAAGAAACAGCUUAAGAAGAAGAAGAAGCAGGAGAGAUCCUGGUACUAG